CUACAGAUAUAAGGAUAAUUAUGGAACUAUAAAAAACCCAGCUAGACGAAAAUUAAAGUUAGUACCAAGUAUACAGCCGUACACGUGAAAUUAAUAAAACCAAGAAGUGAGAUAAAAAACCGAUUCCGUGAUAUACCCCACACUUCGAUUGCAGGUUACAAAAUCUAAUCUAUCGCAAAAUUAGCAAAACAAACAAUGAAUGAAUAAUAAAUGGAUUUACCUAAUAUAUACAGCACCAAAUCUUUAAUAAUUUAACCUACAACUUUCCCGCAGUUUCCAAUAUAAUUACUUAGAUAAUAGGAUUGAACAUUUUAAGUACGCAAUAACUGUGAGAUUGGCUUACGAAUUCAUUGAAGUAAACAAUAAUUUAAUUUACCCCAUAUCUAGGGUACACGGCUAGAAGUCUAAUCUUUUGCAAAUUUGCAUAACAAAUGGCAAUUGAAUAACCAAAUAGCAAUGCACAUACUGGUAGUGUAAUCAAUUGAUAAGCUGCUUUUGGCGGUUAUAUUUUGAAUUGCGAAAGCCAUGCGGUAAAAAAAACCGCGAGAGCACAAAAGCUUUGAGCGCAUACUCACCCCCAAACAUAACGGAGCAUACCCCGCAUACUUAACAGCGUGAGAGUGAACAGUGCGCAAAGUAAAAAUGAGCGCCAGAGAGGCACACUCCGAAAAUGCGGCACAAAGACGAAAUAGUCGGUCCAGUGAGAACAGUGAGCGCAGUGAGCGCAGCGAGAACAGCGCGUCCGGCCCCGUUAGGGAACAGCGAGACGAGGGGGCGGGCCGCACCGUUUGCCAGUGGGCGUGGCAUGUGGUCAAAUCCAUAUCCGUGGAGCCCACGAUGUUCCUGUACAUGUUCGCCUUCAUGAUCACCUCGGUGGUGGAGCAGAACUUCUUCCUGUACAAAUCCUGUCGGGUUAACAGGAAUUUCACGGAGGAGAUCUGCCGGAAUCUCAACAAGCCGGAAAACGAGAAGUUCAGAAAGGAAGCAAUGUUGACCAAUGCCUGGUUCCUUCAGUGGGAGAACAUCUCCGCCCACGUCUUCCCCAUUAUCCUUGCCCUUUUCCUGGGCUCCUUCUCGGAUCGGCGGGGCCGCAAGUUGCCGCUGCUCAUGGGACUUGUGGGCAAGUUCGUCUACUCCACCAUGAUAGUGGUCAAUGCCAGGAUGCCCACGUGGCCGGUGCAGAACAUCAUCUACUCGGCCACCUUGCCAUCGGCGCUGACCGGUGCGGAUGUGGCCAUUUUCGCCUCCUGCUUCGCAUACAUCUCGGACAUUUCCACGCUGGAGCAGCGCACCAUCCGGGUGACCAUCCUGGACGUGAUCUACCUCAGUGCCAUGCCCCUGGGCGUGGCCCUGGGCUCGCACCUCUUUUACAACGUGUUCAAUCAGUCCUACGCGGACAUGUUCACCGUGAACGCUUCUCUACUUGCCCUCGCCAUCAUCUACACCCUGUGCGCCCUGAAGUGGCAAACCACGCCGAGACAGCGAUCGCUGAGGGAACUCGGAUACUGUGGCUUUUGGGGCGACUUCUUUGAUAAGCAGCAUGUGAAGGACUCGUUGGCGGUGCUGGUGAAGCCGCGGAAGGGACAUCGCCGCAGCUUUCUCGUUAUCCUUCUGGUCAGCAUGGCCCUGUACACCUUUCAGCGCGACGAGGGGCAGUACCUCUACAUGUACACCCUGGACAAAUUCGACUGGGAUGUGAGUGCGUACAGCCACUUCAAGACCUUCAAGUCGUCGGCCUAUGUGAUUGCCAUGCUGUUGGCGGUGCCGCUGAUGAACAAGCUCCUUGGAUGGAGGGAUACGACAAUCGUUUUCAUUGGCACGUGGGCGCAUUCGAUAGCCCGGUUGUUCUUCUAUUUUGCCUCCAAUACGGACUUGCUCUACGCCGGAGCCGUUGUGUGCAGCUUGGGUCCGAUUGUGGGUCCCAUGAUCCGGGCCAUGACCUCGAAAAUAGUGCCCACAUCGGAGCGUGGAAAGGUGUUUGCCCUGCUCUCAGUUUGCGAUAAUGCGGUGCCCUUCAUCAGCGGAGUGUGCUACUCGCAACUUUAUCGGGCCACUCAGAGUACAAAUUACGGCGGAAGUGUCUUCAUCCUAACCAUUGGCACCCAAAUCGCUGUCUUUGUGAUGAUUCUUUGCAUUCACAUUGUUUUGGGCAAAAAUGCACUGGCUGUUCCAGAAGUUCCUGAAAAGGAGAGCGGACUUAUUUCCCAAAGGGAAGCUGUCGUGGAGGCGGAAACUGAAAAGCACGAGAAUUAGCCUGUGAAAUAAUCCUGAAAAACGGUUCCUAAUUAAAAGACUUGAACCCAGGGCAGCUAUUGCAUUAAACAUUUUGCCAAUGUAUACCAUUCCCAUCCAUACAUUUUUAAUAAAAGCAAAACUUUUCUAUA